UCAAGCCACAACAACACACCAUCAUCAUACGACACACAAAUACAUACGCAAAGCCUAUCACAUCGUCGAUCGCAAUGGCGCACUUCCAGGAGGUGGACUACUGCUCGGAGGAGGUGAGGUCGGUGGCCAACCCGGGCCGCGGCGGCGGCAUGCAGCAGCACAUCGAGAAGAAGACUUUGGUGCAGGAGGUUGACAAGGCCGGCCGGCACGGGCACCACGGCCGCGGCUCCGGCCACUUGAACGUGCGCGAGAGCAAGCUCGAGGAAGACCUCAACACCCGCACCGGCGAGUUCCACGAGCGUAAGGAGAACUUCGUCGUCAGGGCCGACUAAGCUAUGUUACGUUACACGGAGCAGACGAUGCAUGUGCGCAUCUAUGCAUGUCAGCAUGUACUAUAGUAUAUGUAGUAUAGCGUUGCGUAUAUGGGUGCAUGCUUGGCGCUAGUAGCCUAGCGUGCAUGCAUAUGCAGCGCUUAAAUAAGCUGAUGGUUACCUGGAAGAAUAAAGCUUUCUUCCUACUAUUAAUCGGAUGGUGUGCAAACGAGACGACUGCAUUCGUGUAGUACACUCGGACCGGAGUACAAUUUCUACAUCACAUACGG